AUGAUAGACGACCGGCAAGGCUUUAAUAGCCACAUCGACCAUGCAUGCGGAAGGGCCGUAAAAGUGAUCUCGGCACUAUCUCGGAUCACGCCCAACAAUUGGGCGGUCAACAGCAGUAAAACGCGACUACUGGCAGGACCUGCAUGGGUGACGGCACUGCAGACGAAGAGAAAUACAUCUCGGCUGAACAGCACGUUGAGGCUGAUGGCCAAGCGGGUGUCUAGCGCGUAUCGAACUGUCUCGUCAGAAGCUGCCUACGUGACAGCUGGAUCGAUUCCCAUAAACCUUCUACUCGAAGAAGAUAGCGAGUGUUAUAGGGAUCGAGACACUAGAGGUGUCCGUAAUUGA